AUGGGCAUGUGCAAGAGUAGUUUGAAAGGCUACAUGAACCUUGAGUCUCUCCCAGAGCUUCAACCACUCCGAAUCAGCAAGAGUAGUUUUCCUUCUCAACUUCAGGAGCUAUAUUUGGAAGGCUACAUGAACCUUGAAUCUCUCCCAGAGCUUCCCUCCACUUUAACUCGUCUGGAAGUUAAGGACUGUAUUUCACUGCAAAUAAUUUCAGAUCUAUCACACUUGGAAUGGUUGAAAGAAUUAUUACUUAUUGGUUGCAAAUCAUUGGUAAGAUUACCGGAUUUGUCAAACUUUAAAAAAUUGAGGAAAUUUUGGAUAAACAAUUGUGAAAAGUUAGAGGAAAUUCCUGGUCUCGAAGGAACAAAUUCCUUGGAAGAGUUAAAAGUGAAAGGUUGCCACAAAAUAACAAAGUUAUCGGAUUUGUCAACACUGAAAAAAUUGAGGUCAGUAGACAUUAAUUGUGAAAAUCUAGAAGAAAUUCACUGCAUCGAAAGAACAGAAUCCUUGGAAGAGUUGAGUAUUGAUGAUUGCCCCAAAUUAACAGAGUUACAUAUGUCAAACUUGAAAAGAUUGAGGUCAUUAUACAUUAUUAAUUGUGUAAAUGUAGUGAAAAUUCACGGCUUCGAAGGAGCUGAAUCUUUAGAAGAGUUCACUGCGAGGGGUUGCUACAAAUUAACAGAGUCACAGAGGAAGAUAUAUGGGCAGGUACGUACUUACUUACUUUUAUCUAUCUUAAUUAAUUUCUCUCAUCUGCUGUAA